AUGUAUUAUUUUAUUUUUAUUCAUAAGACUGCCGAUAAUUAUGCUGAUCGGCCAAAGCUAUGUUCGAUUGCGAAGUCUGAAUGGAUAGCCGUGAGGAGCACGGGAGCACAAGAGAAACAUGAUGAUGGAAUUGCUUACUCUGAAGAAAACGUUUUUGUAGAGGAACUUUGCAGAAAGACCGAUCGAAAGGCCAUAAGUCAACGCUGA